UUUCUUUAAUCAAAUGGCAAGUUCUCAUUGGUAAUUAUACCAUGUCAGCGGAGUGACGUGGUAUUACGGUUACAGCCGAUAAUUUCUCGUACUAUAGAGUGGGGUGGACGCCUCCAUUUAAAUUUCUAUUGUUCUACUGCGAGUUUGCAACGCAAACUGCAUUCAACCCAGCCAAAGCUCCAAUAAGUUCGGACCCUCUUUCGAUUUACUCACAACCUUCAAAUUUCAGCCCAACUGUUUGAUAAAAUUUCCCUCACCGAGCUUAACUCACUCUCAGCUCUUCUUUCCCAUGUUUAUGCAUAUUACAUAUAUUUACAUGAACAUGUAAGUGACAUAGUGUGGCAAUGGAUGGCAAAAAUGAAGUUGGGCUAGCAAGUUUGCUGAAAAUUCUCCCCCCUGUAGAAUUUUGUUGUGUCUACGGCUCAGCCCUCCAUCCAAAUAAUCAUGACAAGUCAUCAAUGAUAGAUUACAUUCUAGGUGUAGCAGAUCCUCUGCAAUGGCAUGUUGAGAAUCUGAAAAUGAAUCGAGAUCACUAUGCCUCCUGGAUGGUGCACCUUGGCGGGGCAAGGCUGAUUACUGGCGUUGCAGAUGAAAUUGGUGUUGGAGUACACUUCAACCCAUUUGUUACUUGGAAUGACAAGAUGUUCAAGUACGGGGUUGUUCGAAUUGAUGAUCUGAUACGGGACAUACUCAAUUGGGAGAUGUUCUAUUUUAGUGGUCGAUUACAAAAACCUGUUCAUAUACUAAAGGAUAAUCUGGAUAUUUCAAAUGUAAACUCUGUUAAUUUGAGAGCUGCAACAUCUGCUGCUCUCCUUCUUUUGCCAUCUAAAUUCAAUGAGGAAGACAUCUAUGCCAAAAUAUGUAGCCUCUCAUAUAUGGGUGAUCUGCGUAUGCUUUUUGCUGAAGAUAAAAAUAAGGUGAAGAAGAUUGUGCAAGGGCAGUUUGGUUUAUUCCAAACAAUGUAUAGGCCUUAUCUAGAAGAACACGCAACCAAUGACUUCUUGAGAUUUUCAUCAUCUGGUGGUCACCAAGUAAAUAUAUCUCAGGACUCUAGUUUAUCUGCAGUUUCCUCCCUUGUUUCUAUUCUUCCUGCGACGAUCAGAAGCCAAAUGAUGAUGAGACUAGGAGAAGAGAAAAAAGUUGGUAAAUCUGGUCAAGUUAUACGGGAAGUUGUGAUUAAUUCAAGGGAAGAGGUCGCUGAAUGCAUGCAGAAAGUUAUGAGACAUAGGGUUAUGAUUUCAAGUGCAAGGCAGGCUGUCUCUGGACUACUGACUGUUGGUGCUGUUCGUGGAGUUAGAUAUUUUGCAAAUAAGAUGAGCAAGGCUUGGAAAUCAUGGACAUGAUCUUUCAGUCUCUCCCUAUUUUUGUUUUUCCCUUUCCAAGCGAGUUAAGUUCUUCUGAUCGACUAAAACCUUGACAAGAGAAGUACAACUGCAGCUUGAUCACCUUCAACAGGAGGUGUUGUUACAAGGCUAAAUGGGUCUUUUGUCUAGAUUUUCCUAUCAACUCUUAUAGAACUGCAUGCACUGUAUUUCUGAAAACUUUGAGAGGGAAUGGAUUAUUUCUAUAGGAUGUAAAAGAAAUUUUUAUAACAUUAAUAUAAGAAUCAUUUUUUUCUAUUAUCUUUAAUAUAAGAA